AUGUUGCUUCCGACUUAUGUUUGCGUUGCCGAUGGUCACCUUGUGACCAAAGUCACGGAUGCGUCCACGCCACAGACACCCGUUCAUAGGGUGAGCCGCAUUCGCACAUCACACAGAGAGAAACAUCCAUGCCCUGAGCGGGAAAAUGGAACAUUCAAAAAGGCGAAGAAAGAAAUAGAUUUCAGUAAAAGGCCGAUACCAAGACCACAACCCUACAGUUUAGUUUCCAUAAUUGUCUGUGCAUGUUUCGUCGUUUACAUAAUACAAUUCGAUCAGACUGGGGGACCACGUGCCUUUCAAGGAAUAUUUUCCGCUGAUGAUGAUGAUGAUUAUCUGAAUACUGAUGAACAGAUAGGAUCAGCCACUAACUCCUGUAAACCUAGGAAGAAUAUUGUCUUUCUGAAAACACAUAAAUGUGCCAGCUCCAGCAUUCAGAACAUUUUUACUCGCUACGGCUAUAGACAUGGACUAAAUUUUGUUCUUCCAAUGAAAGGGAGCUACAUAGGACACCCUGAACCAUUCAACUGGACUAUGGUGCCGAAUCCUCGAAAAUAUGGUCUCCACUAUAAUAUUCUGACUCAUCAUUGCCGAUUUAAUUACGAAGAAAUCCGUCGUAAAUUUCCGGAUAAUGUCGUUUUUGUUACCAUAGUGAGAAAUCCCGUGGAUCUUUUUGAAUCGUUAUUUUCAUUCUAUAAUUUGCAGCAUUUUUAUAAGGAGAGAUUUGACACACUAGGCAAACACGAGAAGCCGAAAGGAUUCUACGACAAACGCAUGGGUAAUAAAAUUGGCUUCAACCAAAUGCUGUUUGAUCUUGGAUUCGAUGACAAACUCUUCACUAAUGAGACAAUGAUCAUGGAUUACAUAAGAUUCUUGGAUUCAGUGUUCGAUCUGGUUAUGGUCAGAGAAAGGAUGGACGAAUCUCUUGUUCUACUUCGGGAACUUCUCUGUUGGGACAUGGAUGACGUCAUUGUUUUUCAUUUGAAUGCUAGAAAUCAAAGAUACAAGAAGAAAAUGAGUUCUGAAUUGCAUCAACGCUUGUUGAAGUUCAACAAUGCAGACAUGAUGCUUUAUAAGUAUUUUCUAAACAGAUUAUCAGAAAGGAUACACAUUUUCGGAACAGACAAAAUGGGGAUCGCCGUAGAGGAAAUGAGGAACCGUACUCGCAUGUGGUAUGACGUAUGUGUGCAGAAGCAAGACUUUCAAUCCAAACUCCUCAAUUCGAGGAGAUAUUACUCGAACCGAAUGGUGAUGGCUUAUGUGAAGAAAAAAGACGUGAAUACCACAUGCGACGAUUUAACAACGACGGAACCAGUUUUUACAGAAAGGUUAAUUUGGAAACAACGAUACAUGUUUCCGAGACCCAAGCCUUAUAGAUCAAGAUACAGAUAUCACAUGCAUAGAUGGCAUUAAUUAAGAACGAGCUUUGUGAUUUUGAUUAAGCCACCCAGAUGGGUUUUCAUACACUAUUAACCCUCGGUCGAUCACUUUGUAGUCAUCCCAGUCUAAAACCGGCAACUGAGGUAAGAUUAUAAAGUAGUCGUAACUACUAAAAUAUCUUAAGACCGCAUAUAAAUGUAAAACCCUUCGGGGUAAUAUUUUUAAACUGAAGUGUAAGUUAAAUAAAAUCAGAAGUUCAAAAAGUUGAAACUAGUUUUGAAAAGCAUUUUAGAGUUCUUAACCUUUCUAGAGUUUAAUUUGUUACGAAGGUUGAAU